GCGUUAAAAAAAAAAACAAUAAAACAACUGCAAUUCCCAUGAUUCCCUAGCUGCCUUUGUCAGACCUGACGUCACGAUGUCUGCAGUAGCUCCGUUUGGCUUUGUUGCGAAACGACACGGGGAUGUUUGGGCGGACGAGGCAGCGCAGGAAUACAUGAAGUGCAUUUGAGAAGCCCAGAGGCAAGGAGCUAUGCAGAGUCCUAGCCAGACAGACGGUGGACCGGAGCCUGUGACCGGCACAAACACAGCGCAACCAUCGGACACUGGAGCAGAUCCUCAGCCAGCACACACUGAGCCAGAAGCGCAAGAAAAGAGGAUGAAAUCAGCAGUUCCCAUUGAGGCUGAAACACUACUCACACCACAAGAAAAUGCAACUGGGGUCAUUACUGUUUCAGAAGCACCUACAACUGUGACAGUAACACAAAUGCAAGACAAUGAGACUGUUGUUCAGUCAUGGAGUGAACACUCAGAAAGCACUGGGAAAAUGGAAAUAGACUCUGAUUUAACACAAAGUGCUCAGACAGAACCUGAUUCCAAUGCAAAUGGGCCUGAUGUUCAAAGGGCAAAGAAACAGGAUAAAGGUGUGCGAGACAGUAGGAAAUAUGUUCCCUCAAAGAAGGCCAUGAUAGAUCCUCUGAAAAUGGACAUGUCUAAACCACUGGUGAUACCCCUGACAUCGUCUGAGCUCUCACUGCAAUGCAUGGAGUGCCACAUAAUCUUCAGUGAUCACAAGAGCAAAGAGCGUCAUCUGAAGUCGAGCCACCCAGCUGAGUAUGAACAGUGCAUACUGAGAAAUGCCCUUUUUGCUUGCUACGUUUGUGACCGCCACUUCACAAACUCCACAGAGCUCAUGGCCCACCAAAAAGCCCACACAGAGAAGAAACCCUUCAAGUGUCCAAUCUGCGGUCAGGCCUUCAACAAGUCAUCUGAGCUUACUGUUCAUAAGAAAGUUCAUUUUGGCCAGGACGGUUAUGCUUGCACUGACUGCGGCAAGGCCUGUAAAACUCUGACGUUGCUGAAGUACCACCGCCGCACACACACUGGAGAGAGGCCAUAUGUUUGCAAAGAGUGUGGAAAAAGGUUCACCAUGUCCAAAGCUCUGCAGAAACAUAUUGUGUCACACUUGUCAGAGGGAGCUGAAGGAAAUGAGGAAGACAACACAGCAAAAGCACAACUGAAAAUAAUGGAUGGUGCCUCGUCAGUAAAGAAGUAUUCUUGUUCCUUAUGCAAAGCCACCUUCAAAAGUACAAAGACGCGACUACAUCACAUGAAAAGAAAGCACAGUACUGCCCUCGGAGCUGAACAGCAAAUGAAACAAGGUGCGCCUAUCAUAACACCAAUAUCAAUUUGCCAACCGGCACUGCUACAGGUGGAGCCAAAUGGACCUCUGCAAAAGGUCGAUGCCAAUAUUGACACAGAGCAGAUUUGCAGACUCAUUGAAUCUUUGGGCAACGUCCGAAAAGUGAACCAAGUUGUGAUACUGGGACAAGUCCCGCCCCAUGCCCCACCACUGGAAGUGCAGCAGUUAACACAAAUGGCAGAACCGAUGAAUUUGAAUCUUAACCCUCCACAGAUAGAUCUAUUAGAGCUGCAAAACUCUAAAUCUAAAGCGGCCGAAAUGGAUUCUUCAAACAACCCAUAUAAUUUAAUGGAGCAAACGAUUAUACUGGAACCUAUUACACCAGAUGGUCAGCUAGAAAAUCCUUCUUUCGUAGAACUGGGUUCACACAUCGCCACAGCUGAAAAUCUAGAGCUAACACUCGUUCAGAGUGAGCAAACACAGAGACCUGAGGGAGAAGUGAUGCAUCAGAUCCUUCAACAGUCGCAGCUUAGUGUAAUUCAGCCUGACCAUGAAAAUAAAAUGGUCAGUCAAAAUAAAAUGGUUGACCUCAGGCAAGACCUUGAGCAGACAGUCAUAUUAGAACUGACCCCGGCUUUGAUACCAACUCAAGAACUAGAACAGUCUCAAACUGUACCACAAAAUGAAAUCCCAUCCUCCUCUCUAGUAACUACUACAGAACUGGAAAAGACCCCUGAUCAGACUCCAGAUCAGACUGUAGUAGAUGAGCAGGUGGUCAAUUUGUCAGUCCCACCACUUAUGUCUACCAUUGAAUUGGAGCUGACCUCUUUACAAACAGAGCAACAGGACAUUCCUUCUUGCACCUUUGUUCCUCUGAACACAUUUACACAAACUCAAAGUGGAUCUGAAACAAAUUCUAAAGAAGAGGUUAAUUCACACAUGCAAACCGUUACUGUAGAACAGGUCAAAUCUGUGGUGGAGGGAGAUACAGUGCAAAAGAUACAGGAAGGGGUUGAGCAAAAGCCACUGGAGAAUUUGCUGCUAGAGAGCGAGCAGGCUCAGGUGCAGGUAGAGAACCUUCCCGAAGGAGACAAGACAUCAGCUAAAGAAGAUGUUCCAUCGCAAGCAGAGACCAAGCAGGUGGCACAGAUCACAGAAUUGCCAGUAAAUGUAAUGUCAGCUCAAGAACUGGUAAAAGUACGUAAAAGAAAACCAGCCAGGGCAUAUAUCUUUCAAGGAUAUAUGCAAGAACUGGUUGGCUCUCUAUAUAACGAAGACUUGCACAUUGAUGCUAAAGCUCCGAAACGCAAAAGAGCCAAAAAAUCUCAUCUUGUUGUUAGAUUUAGUCCACAAAGCAAAGAGAAGAAAAACAAGAAAGCGAAGACACCACCACAGCAUCAUCAGUCAGCGCGGAAAGAAGAUGGAGAUAUUAAUCUCUCUGAAACAAAAGUAGCAUCACAGAAGAAGGGAAGAAAGGGAAAAUUAGGCAAAAAGGUGGGACAGUUGGUAUCUACUGGUGAAUUAAAAACGUCCUUAACUCAUCCACAAGUACAGCAAAACAAAGAAGAUACAAGAAAAAAUAAAAAACAAAAGGAAUAUACUAGUGAGAAUAUGACACAUGUAAGCCAACAAGAAACUGUAGCUUCACCUGUAUUUAAAAAGAAAAAACAAAAAGCAAAAGUCUUGCAAAAAAAUCCGGCCACGACUGCAAAGCAUGUUAAGAGAAAGAAAAAUCUGGCAAAAGAGAAACAAGUCAAUGCAAAAGCAGCUGUGGCUUCUGUGGAUGUACCUGGUCCCCAUGUAGUGCAAGACUCCCUGCUUUUACUUAAAGGUCACAAACAGCCCCAGCUGAAAGUUUAUAAGUUAGAUCCUUCACAGGCAUCCGGGCAGAGCCAGGAUGGUUCUCCCCAUGAGUCCCAACAGAGUAAAGACAAGAAGCAGCUGUCAAAUGAUUCUACAAACAAUCUAACAACGGAAGUUAAGAAAAAAGGAGGAAGGCCCAAAAAGAACACUAAAUCUCGUACAUUGUUGUCCUCGCUAAACAUUUGCCGUCAACCACCUGAGGCCAAACCCACAAUACCUAAGACCUCCAGAAAACGCAAAGCCUCCUCAAAGGUGGAGGCUGAAGGAGUGAUAACAUCCCAUUCGAAACGUGCUUUGGAGUGUAUGGACUGUGGGGAGAGGUUUAGUGAAGUUUCCUCCCUUCAGAAGCACAAGGCAAUGGUGCAUAUUAUAGAGAGUCCUGGUCUCACCUACACCAAUGGGAACAUCUUUGAAGGGGUCUCUAGGUCUGAUCUGUACCAUCUUCCAAAACAGCAUGAUAAGGUUGUUGUGGCUAUAAAUACUGCUACAGGCUGGGAUACUGAACCAGAAAUGGGAGAGACGGCAUCAGAAGACAAAGAGCGAACUGUCUCCUUUCCAACUUUGAUUCCGUCCCCAUCUUUAGCUCUUCCACCAGAUGUUGACAUGAGUACGUAUGAUGAUAAAGGCCAACGUAAAACAGCAGCAAAUAAUCCCUCUCAUAUCCCACCUAAAGCUCACUCACCAUCUGAUUCAUUACAAACCAAUGCAGAUACUACAUCUGAGUGUGCUUUGAGUACUCCGAAGAGUUUGGAGUCAGGAGAGCCUUUAACAUCAGAUGGAGCCACCCAAAAAGAUAGCUCAAAGCACCUGAGCUCAAAAUCUGAAGUCCAGGCUGCUACAGAUGAUAUUAUUGAUGAUAUUAAGGAGGAUUUACUUCUUGAAGUAGACGUAGUUACAGUCGGAGAACAAAAUGAAAGAGAUGAUCAAACCAGUGAAGACGGUGUUUCCCAAAACAAAUCGCCAGGACCUCAGAGUUCUGAAAGUGAAGGCACCAAAGCAGAUGUAGAGCCUGAGCAAGGUGAUGAAACUGCUACAGCAAGUCUAGCUUUGCAGAAUGUGUCAUGCUCCACACACCAAGUACAGAUCAAGGAGGAAGAGGAAGAAAUGUUAGUCAGAAAUGAAGGAGAAAGAAAUGCUUCAACGGGGAGGAGACAAGGAACAGAAAAUCUGAAACAGGGUGUCCUAUACAGAGAUACUGUCAGAGAAACGGAAUUGGAAAAAGAACAAGAUGAACACCAGGGAGGUCACAAACAACUUGGUUCAUCGGAUUCAGAAAUCUGUGCCGAAAGGGAAACGUGCCCAGAGCUUCCACAUUCAGAGACCUCUCUUGAUGUGGCAAUGAACGAACCUGCUUCUCCUGCUGCUCAUGGUGAGCGUUUGCCUUCCACUCCCUCUACAUUAGAAGAGUCACCUGAGGAGCAAGUUGUGUUUGAGUUGGAGUCUGUUUCCACUAGUGUUGAGAAGUUAAUGAAUAAUAAGGAACUACAAGGAGGAGAUGAUUAUAACAGGGAGACUAACCAGUCCCCAGGUAUUAUACUGGAGAAGUUCCUCACCUCCAGCCAAAGAGCAGGUGGUGAUAUAGAGCCACACCGGAUGACUGAGAGGACUAAUGGACAACAGGUGUUGGACAGCCUCACUGAGCAUGAAGAACGACUCCCCACGAGCGAGGAGAUCAAGGUUGAAGAGAACAUCUCAGAUCCGCAUCUGGCUGUGCCCUCAUGCCCCGACAGAGAGAGUGCAAGUGUGCAGCCACAGAAUCAUGGAGGUAUAAGGAGCGUUCUAGUUAAACAGGAGGCUAGACUGAUCAGGAAUGAUGCCCAGGCCUCACACGACAGAGGGCAGAUCAGAUGGAACGUGGAACCAGUCAACAAUGAAGACACUACUACCCCAAUAAUGGAGAGUGUGGACACAACUGGGGACUGCUGCAUCACCCCGGAGUUCAACACGAACCAGUGUAUCUUCUACCCGGUGAAGGAGGAAGAGAGGGAGGUUCUUUUGGGACCUGCUGAGACUAGUGGAGGGAGUUUAACCCUAGAGGGGUCUGCUGAUGCCCAUCAGACAGGUCACCAAACAGCAGAUAGUUCCUUACAUGAAGAUGGCCAUCCCAUGCUAGACAACCCAGACUUGACGGGACUGUUGUCAGAACCUGUGGUUGGGGACUCUGCAGAUGUACAUGCAGGGCCAGAUGCUCAGCAGCUCCAACCUUCAGACCUCAGAAAUUUUCUUCUCCAGAGUUCUAAUGAAGAAGAAUUGGACGGUCUUGAACUGUCUGAUCCUCAUGUUGACUCAGAGGAAGAAAUCAUGGCCUCCUUCUACAAGAACCAAACCAACGGCACACAACAGCCUAGUUUGCCAGCUUCAACAAACCAACUCCAGGCAUCAACACAUGAAAAUACAAUGAGGCAGCCUAUUGACUAUUUCUCCAGAUAUUUUGAUUGGGAUACCUGGUUGGAAAUUGUCAGUUGCACAAAUAAACAGUCAAAAAUGUCUAAUGCAGUCACAGCCAGGGAAGUUGCGCUUUUUGUUGGCAUCCACAUUGCAAUGGGAACUUUAAAGUUCCCCAGUCUGAGACUAUAUUGGGACGACUUGACCAAAGUGCCCUUGAUAGCUGAGGCCAUGCCCUUUUCUCGCUUCCUGGAGCUGUCUCGCAUGUUGAAGCUAGCUUCGCCUGCAAAGGAUUCGGUCAAUGAUGGUGUUGCACAAGGGAGGCACAAUAUCGACUUUCAAAAUGUCUUGCAAGGUCCAAGAAUGGUACUAAGCAGGCCCUGUGCCAUUUCUGAGCAUAGUGAUGGGCAGAGGGAAGGCGUAACACCAAACAAUAUGAGCUCUUCAAAGGUUCCGACAGAUCCGCUGUGGAAGGUGCAGCCAUUACUGAGCCGUUUCAGAGCAGGGUGCCAGUCUCUGAGGAGAGACAAUGAAUAUGCAGUUGACCAGCAUCCCCUUGUUUUGACUGGGAAGGUGCACAGCACCAAGCUGUCUCUCUGCUGUACUACAUUAAUUGGAUUUGGAGGUUUCAUCUUACACGUGGAUCUAAAAUUGGAUCGGUCAGACAAAGAAGAUGCUGUGGAAAAAAUGGUCCCCAAAGGCAGCAUGGUGUUUCUUUGCAAACAGGAACUCUCCACACCUGCAAUGCUAGAACGCCUACUAGCUGCUGGUGUUCAUGGUGCAGGGAGGGUGGGAGGAGCACGAGGACAGAUCGGGGAUGAGUUUGUAAGCUCAGAUGGGAAGCUGAUGUUACGUAGAUCACACUGUGGAUUCUUACUUUCUACUGCGGGACCUGGGCGGAGGAACAUGGCUUCGCUCAUUGACAACUUUGAGAAAGCCCAGGUGUUGGCUCGUCUCAACAGAGACUUGCUAAAUCUUUACUCUAUUCCUCUCACUGCCUCAGCACCUGCCUGCUGGCCUCAAGCAGUGCUGUGGUACCUGACAGAUGUGGCUUUGGUCAACUCCUGGCUCCUGUACAGACAGGAUCAUAAGGCAGUAUCUGCACCUUUGACUCUCAUGGCCUUCAGAUUGGAGGUGUCUAAGGCAUUAAUUCUCUCCAGCAGUUCAGACACACAAGACUCUGUUCCUCCCCACCCCCCCACAGAGACGGCCCAUACAACAAAUGAAACCCUGAGGCUGGUGGAGGAAAGUCCUCUGCCAGAUGCAGCCACGCGCUAUGAUGGUUCAGGCCACUGGCCAGAGCAACUGGGGGAGGGAGAAGGAGGCAGGUGUCGUUUUGGGGACUGUCAGAGAACAUCCCGGGUGUUAUGCCUUAAAUGCUGUGUUUUUCUUUGCAUUUCACGCAACCAUAACUGCUUUUUAAAUUUCCACAAUCAAGAGAGUUUAGGGAAACUGUAGUUGUUACCCUAUAUAAUUUAUUACACAAUACAUUCUGUCAUUGCAUGUAACUGUGUUUAGUGUAUGCAUAACUAGAAAAUCAAAAAUGGUGAAGCUCUCUCUGUCCUUACAGCUUUUCCAUGGUGCCUUUCAGUGGCUCUCAUGUUUUGCAAGACUUUUUUUUAAUUCAAAGAAAACUAAAACAUUUGUGAUGUAGCUUAUGUCAUGGAGUAAUUGUAAAAACAAAUAUAGCUGCUAAAGACAAUGUGAAAUAAAAUAUUCAUAGCCAGACACUGUGCUGCAAAAGAAGUAAUGAUGUUGAAGUUUACCACAGUUUCUGGUGUGUUUUUAAUAUUCAGUCAUAGUUUUUAAUCAAAUUUCCUUUUGGCUACAUGAAAUUAACUGUAAUGUAUUUAAAGUUCUGAAAACAAUAAAAGUCUUUUAACUUACA